AUGAGCUGGGCUCGGGGCUCGGAGAGUCCGCGGCAAAGCGGGCGGGAGAAGUUUGGGGAGCGGUGCCGCUAACACUCCCAGGGCGGGGAGGACGGACAGACAGACGGACGCAGCGGGGCUGCAGCCACCCAGGCACACCUGCGGGGCGAGCAUCCCGUCCCCUCCGUGCCAGCCAUGUCCCUGGUGGUGAAGGAGAAGAGCCACGUGCGGCUGGUUUUCCUGGGAGCCGCCGGCGUGGGCAAGACGUCGCUGAUCCGCCGCUUCCUGCUGGACACCUUCGAGCCCAAGCACCGGCGCACGGUGGAGGAGCUGCACAGCAAGGAGUACGAGCUGUGCGGGGCCACGGUCACGGUGGAGAUCCUGGACACCAGCGGCAGCUACUCCUUCCCGGCCAUGAGGAAGCUCUCCAUCCAGAACAGCGACGCCUUCGCCCUGGUCUACGCCGUGGACGACGCCGAGUCCUUCGAGAGCGUCAAGAGCCUGCGGGAGGAGAUCCUGGAGGUGAAGGAGGACAAGUUCCCCCCCAUCGUGGUGGUGGGCAACAAGGCGGAGAGCGGCGGCGAGCGGCAGGUGCCGGCCGAGGAGGCGCUGUCGCUGGUGGAGCUGGACUGGAACAGCCGCUUCGUGGAGACCUCGGCCAGGGACAACGAGAACGUGCUGGAGGUGUUCAGGGAGCUGCUGCAGCAGGCAAACCUGCCCAGCAGGCUCAGCCCCGCGCUCUGCAAGAGGAGGGAGACGCUGCCCAAGGAGCAGGCGCUCCGGCCGCCCAUGAACAAGACCAACAGCUGCUCCGUGUGCUGAGCGCGGCUCCAAACUCAGGUGGGCUGGGUGGGGAGAGGCACUGCCUCGGCCGAAACCUCCCCUGCUGCCUCCCACCCCUUCCCUCCUCUCCCCACCCAGCCACAGGAGCAGAGAGGAUAAGAAGCGGGAGCUGGAAGGGAUGCUGGUUGCUGGAUGGGUGUGGGGAGAGGAGGAAUUCCCAAAAAAGCAGAAGGCUCACCUGGGGUCAGCCAGGGCGCUGUGGAGAGCUGGCAGGCACGGGCAGGGGGACAAUGCCAGGCUCUGGCAGAUGUGGCAUCUCAGCUGCACCAGCCCUGCCAGUGCCGCUGUCCCAGGGCUCGGGUCCGGUGUCACCUGUCCCAACCUCCUGGCACGGCUCUGGCACCCCCAGCACACCCGGUGUCCCAGCAGUCCUGACUCUGUACCUGCUGUAGAGCAUGUCAUAGGGUGGUCUGUGCAUCAGUUUGGUUUUCUCCAUUCUAUUUCUGUUUGGUUUUUUUUUAAGCAUUCCCAAUAAAUAAAUUGUUGCAAAAUGGA